GGCGAGCAGAGAGAUAAGGACUUGAGGGUCUUUGUAUUGUUUGUGUGAAGAACAACUCUCAGUGCUGUCGUGGUAGAGAAGACAACUUCAUCUGUGCAGCUUGCUCCACAACUUUCUCUAUUUUCUUGGGAGUGUUUAUUCCACUAUAGACUCGCUGGACUGUAGGUCAGGAGUCUUUCUACCGGACCAUGGACUAUCAGUAACUUCCUGAAUAUAGAUAUUUAGAGGUGAAAAUGAGCUCGAGUUGUGUGUGGUUGUGUUGGUGCAUCCUGGGGGUUCUGGCUGCUCCGUGUUGGGGCGUCACACAGUGUCUGGAUGGGACUACGAUCAACGUGAUCCUGCUGGAAGAUCAGGAGUCUCCGUGGAGCCUGAAGUAUGUGCGAGGAGAAAUAGAGAAAGCCGUGGAGACAGACUCAGCCAUCAAUACUGCACAAGGUGUAGGGUUUAAUCUCACGGCCAACUAUGGCGGGUUCAACACCACCUAUUAUCGAUAUCCAGGUUGCCAUAGCAGCCAAUGUGAGGGAGUGGAAGAGCUAAGAAACCUGAAUAGCUCCGGCAACCUGGGAUGUGCGGUGCUUGGGCCCACAUGCACCAUCGCUACCUUCCAGAUGGUCGAUGCGGAAAAGGGUCUGAGGCUCAGGACACCCAUCAUGUCUGCAGGAAGCUUCGGCCUCUCCUGCGACUACACACUCAACCUGCAGCGUCUGCUGCCACCGGCACGCAAGCUCGCCAACUUCUUCAUCCACUUCUGGAAAGUGGAUAACAAGAUCAAACCUGUGUGGGAGACAGCCUACGUUUACAAGAAGCCGGGCAACACCGAGGACUGCUUUUGGUAUAUAAAUGCACUGGAGGCAGACUCAAGCUUUGCCCAGAAUAUUACAAGGAAAAUGUUGCGCAAACCAGAGGAACUGAGAGAAGUUCUAAAACCACAAAAAAACAGGACCAGCAACUUGUUCAUCAUGUGUGGAUCACCAAUGGACGUGCUGGAGGUAAAACGUGGCACACCGGAGGCGGACAGCAGUGAAAAUCUCUUCAUCCUGAUUGAUCUUUACAAUGAUAAAUACUACACCAACACAACAUCACUGCCUUACAUGAAGAACGUGCUGGUGCUGACGAUGCCGGACACCAGACAGUACACCAUCAACCCAGACCUCAAAGACAACGACACGAUGAAUGACUACAUGGCUGCUUAUCAUGAUUCUGUGCUGUGGGUCGGCCAGGUGAUGAGGCUGAUUGCUGAAAAACCUCCGUCUGAGAUUCAGCAGAUGGAGUAUGUCAAUGCCAAUUUCUUCAGGAACACCACCUUUAACGGAUCUGCUGGAAUCUACAAGAUGGACAGGCAUGGAGACAGAGACGUGAAUCUCACAAUCAUUUACACCACCACUGACAGCGAGUACCGCAUUUUAUUCACGUUCGACACUGAAGACAACCAAACAACAGUGGUUGAGGUGGACCCUUCCUUCAUCUGGGGACAAAGACUUCCUAAUUUCCAACCAGAUAGCGAUUUGGACUAUCAUAACAUCGUUGUCAUAGUGUUGUCUGUCACAGUGGUUGUUGUGGCCACCAUCGCCUUCAUUUUUUACAGACAGAACAGGACCGACCGUCUGCACAGGAAGCGCUGGUCACACAUGGCUUCUGAUCUCAUCUCGCAUCUGGAGAAUAGCAAACGCAAUGUUGUCUCUCUGAAGAUUGAAGAUGAGGGGAAGAACCACAAUUUCAAGAUCCGCCUUGCAAACUACGAUAAGAAGAUAGUAAUUCUGAAGGAGCUGAAACACUCAGAUGGGAAUUUCAGUGAAACGCAGAGGAUAGAGCUCAACGCGCUCCUGCAAAUCGACUAUUACAACCUCACCAAGUUUUAUGGGACGGUGAAGUUUGAUCAGGGCGCGUUCGGGGUGUUUGAGUAUGGAGAGAGGGGGUCGCUCAGGUAUGUGCUGAAUGACAAGAUUUCAUACCCGGAGGAGACCUUCAUGGACUGGGAGUUCAAGGUCACCGUCAUGUACGACAUUGCCAAGGGCAUGUCCUACCUCCAUGCCAGCGACAUCCAGGUUCACGGGCGCCUCAAGUCCACCAACUGUGUGGUGGACAACCGCAUGGUGGUGAAGAUCACAGACUUUGGCUGCAACAGCUUUCUCAGCCCUGGCGAAGACUUGUGGACGGCUCCAGAGCAUCUGAGGAAGCACGGCACCUCCCAGAAAGGAGACGUCUACAGCUUCGCCAUCAUCUCCCAGGAGAUUGUUCUGAGAAAGAGCACAUUCUACACCGAGUGCUGCUCCGACCGAGAAGAGAAGCUGUCCAGGGUCAUAAUGUCCUACUUUAGACCAGAUCUUAAGUUUGAGACGGCCACAGAGAAAGAAGCAGAGGUUUAUAUGUUGAUAAAAAGCUGUUGGGAUGAGGAUUCUGAAAAAAGGCCAGACUUUAAGAGGGUAGAAAACUUUCUGGGGAAAAUCAUCAGUAAAGUCCACGACCAGGACAACGAGAGCUACAUGGACAACAUGAUCAGACGGCUGCAGAUGUACUCCAGAAACCUGGAGCACCUGGUCGAGGAGAGGACGGUUCUCUACAAGGCGGAGAGGGACAGGGCCGACUGCCUCAACUUCAUGCUGCUUCCUGGCCCGGUGGUGAGGAGCUUGAAGGAGACUGGUGUGGUGGAGCCCGAGCUGUACGAGGAGGUGACCAUAUAUUUCAGUGACAUAGUGGGAUUCACCACCCUGUGCCAGUACAGCACGCCCAUGGAAGUAGUGGACAUGCUCAACGACAUCUACAAGGGCUUCGACAGCAUCGUCGACCACCACGAUGUUUACAAGGUGGAGACGAUUGGGGACGCCUACAUGGUGGCCUCCGGGCUGCCCAAGAGGAACGGCAACAGGCACGCGGUGGAUAUCUGCUGCAUGGCGCUGGACAUCCUGGCGUUCAUGGGCACCUUCCAGCUACGCCACCUGCCCGGCAUCCCUGUGUGGAUACGCAUCGGCAUCCAUUCAGGUCCCUGUGCAGCAGGCGUCGUGGGGAUGAAGAUGCCCAGAUAUUGCUUAUUUGGAGACACAGUCAACACGGCGUCUCGUCUGGAGUCAACAGGACAUCCUCUGCGGAUCCACUUCAGUGAAUCGACUGUAAAUAUCCUGCAGAGGACCAACUGCAGGUUUGAGUAUGAGAAGAGAGGAGAAACAUUUCUGAAGGGUAAGGGCACAGAGACAACGUACUGGUUAACAGGUGAAACUGGCAAAGACUACAACCUCCCAACUCCCCCCACAACAGAGAACUUCCAGCAGCUCCAGCAGAACCUCGCACAAAUGACCUUGAUGUGUCUGGAGCGCCGCUCCCGGUGUUCUGUCCGCAGGAAGAAUCCAAGUCAGGGGGACGAGGAUGGCGAAAAGGAUCAAGUAUCCGAGGUGGAGUCUGAGAGCCACGAGCCUGAGUACCUGCAUCUGGCCACCGUCGAUAACACGCUCAGUACCUUCCUGUAGCCCCGAGCCGCCUUCUCACUAAGAGUGGGAGAGCAGGCAGAGGCAGAGAGGACUGCAGUAACCAAAACACUGCAAUACUGCAUUUGUAGAAAACAAGUGCCUUGAUGGACAAAGACGUGGAAGGUGCUUGUUUGUUUUUAUUUCAGGAUGCAUUGCUGAUUUUCAGUGGAUAUGCUAUUUCUUGAGAAAUUAGAAUUUCUUGCAAUUGACUUGCUUUUUGUGCACCUUAUUAAACCCCGGGCUUAAAGGCAGAUGUGAAGAUAUCAGUCAUCAACCUGUUUUCUGUAAGUUCAAACACAUCCAUGUAAUAUUCUGUAUAUAUAUGGACCUUUCUUUUUUCACAUCCUUGUUACCCCCGGCAAAAAGGUUAUAUUUGACCCUUUUUCAUUUGUUUGUUCGUUUUAAUGCAAGAUUACACAAAACCUACUCUACGGAUUAUUAUG